CCGUACAGCGGUGUUCCGUACAAAGACCUCCUGCCUGCCAGGGAUGUAUGACGUCUAAGAAUGGAUCAGAGACUGGAGGAGCUGGUGGAGUCCCUGACCACAUCAGGAGAAGCAGAACUUAAACCAGGACCGCUGAAAGAGCUGAAGAAAAUCUGCAGGUCUUCCGAUGAACACAUCCGCCAUGUGUAUCACCUCCUUAUGACGCAGCUGAACCAGGAACACGCUGAGAUCCGCCUGUCUGCUUUCCAGAUCGUCGGUGAGCUGUUCAGCAGGUCUCAUCAGUUCCGCACGCUGCUGAUCGACAACUUCCAGGAGUUUCUGGAGCUCACCGUAGAGACGGACUAUGAGCAGCCACUCCCGCCGCCCAAGGAGGUGGCUCAGAAAAUGAAGACUUUGGCUAUUAAGGCUGUGCAGGAAUGGCAUGAGAAGUUCGGGGAGGCGUACAAGAAACUUUCUUUAGGGUUUCACUUCCUGAAACAAAAGAAACAGGUGGAUUUCCAAGAUAUCAGGUCACGAACAUUGGCGCAGAGAAAAAGAGAAGAGGAAAAACAGAAGCGCUUAGAAAAUAUUUAUCUAGAAAAAGCCAAAAAAGCCAAGACUGAAAUGGAAGAAAUGCUUGCGGACAUCCAGUCUUGCCUCACAGAGAUGGAGAACUGCUUCAAACUGUUAUUACCCGACCCAGACGAGUUUCUUGUGGUCCAUGAGGACGCAGGCAAUAGUCGCUGCAAAACCAGGAACAGCGCCUCUUCUCAGCCCAAACGAAGCCUUGUAUCCCCUUCUCAGUCAUGUGAUGCAGAUGAUGAACAGCCAUGUUGUAGCAAGGACUUGCCCGCGGUGGUGUUACCUGGUCCCAGCCAUGAAAAUGGAGUGGAGAAAGCUCCCAAAGGCUCUGAUUCUGAUGAGUCAGAUGAUGACUUUGAAGCUGUUGAAGAGUCUUUUAUCAGAGACCAUGGUUUAGGCUCUAGAAUGUAUACGCUUGAUAUUGAAAUAUCUAGAGACCUUAAAGUGAAUGAAAAUGAGGACAAUACAGAUGUCGUGAACAACUUGGUGGAUGCUCAUAAACUAGCUAAGAACAAAUACUGGCCCUCCGUACAGUCCUGGAUACAGGUUUUUACAAAGGCUGGAAUUACUGAUGACAGUCUUAGAUGUGCCAUUGACCUGAAAAACAAACUGGAGACUGCAAUAAAGAAGCAUAAGGAGAUGAACAUUGAGUGCACAGCUAGAGAAGGGAAAGCGGUACAAGCCAGUGACGACGAGGAGGAAGAUGAUUUUGUGGAGGUCCCGGAGAAGGAAGGUUACGAACCUCACAUUCCAGACCACCUUCGCGCAGAGUACGGUCUAGAGGCAUCAUCAUCCUCAUUAUCUCCUCCAGUGAAAAAAGUAGAAGUAAGAAAGCCUCCUCAGCCAUUUGCAGCACCGAGGAGAAAGAGGAAUGACGAUGAGCUGGAUCCUACUUGUGCUGCCACAUCACUGAAAGUUGUGAGGGAUAAACUAUCUGCGUAUGCCUCAACCAGCAAUAGCAGGAAUGCCGAAGAGCCCAGCAGUAAAAACCAGAAGAAGGAGGAAGAGCCCUCAAGGGCACCUGUUUUUCCAUUCGGCAUUGAUCUGCACUACUGGGAGAAGGAUCAGCCCACAGCUGGCAAAAUGCUUAAGGUUACCUCCCAGCACAGAUUCUGGGCUAGCAGUGAGAUGGAUGAGGAAACCGAAAGUAAAGAGUUGGAAGCCAUGCUGAAGACCAGAUACAUCUCAUUGCCUGGCAAGUUUGAACCUGUAAAACACAAAUGUCGAGUGCCCUUACCUAAUGGAUCACUUUGCGAGAGGCAAGACAGAUUUAAGUGUCCUUUCCAUGGGAAGAUAAUUCCACGAGAUGAAAUUGGAGUGCCAGUCAAGCCCGAGGAUCGCGAGAGAGAAGCCAAGGAAAAGUUUGAGAAGCAAGCCCAAGAACAAGAUUGGAGAGACCCCGAACUGAUGAGGGAGAUCGAGCAAGCCACGGGGGAAGAUCUGGGCUCCUCCAGGUUUGCUGGAAAAUCUAAAAAGAAGAAAGGAAAGAAGAAAAAGUAUCCGAAUCUGACAGAUCUGAAGCAGAACGCAAAUACCACUCGCUCCCGUCUGGAGAAGAAAUUGUUUAACCCGGGAUCAGUGAAACGGGUGAUAAGCGCAAUGAACCAAAUGGAUAAGAGGCGCCACGAGAAGUUUGCAAACCAGUUUAAUUACGCAUUAAAUUAAAAAUCAGAAGAAAGAUAAACCGCCCGGCCGCCUUUUACAUGGAAGACUCGUUUUGAGGACCUUUAACGGAAAAUUGUUGUGUUAUAAGUGUAUUUUUUUCCUUAAUGGCUAUGUCUUAACUUAUUUGUGUCAUUUGUUAUACCUUGUCGUCUUUUUUUUUUUUUUCUUCUUACCCUUGGAUUGGUUUUUACGGCUAUCUGGGUUAUUUUU